AGAAACAAACCAAAUAAGGGGAUUUCAGCCUUUUGGCUUGAACAUCAGGAAAUUAUUUAAUUACUUUCUGACAUAUGAAGGUUUUUUGAUGAACUGUUGUAAAAUUUCAAUCAUAUAGUUCUUUGCAUUUUAUUCAUAUGAGAAAUAUUGUGAACAAAUAAUAUUACAGCUAGAUGAUUUCUGGGCAGGAAAUCUGCAAGCCUUACAAACAGUCUGAUCAUUGUUCACUGUCUCCUUUUUUUGUUUGUGGUGCAGGAGAAACUUACACUGGAAGAUGCAAGAACCAUGGAGAAUUCAACUCAAAUACUGUUUGUUCUACAAGGACUGAAUGAGACGACGUCAAGCAAACACACAUACUUUGUCGUCACUCUUCUUGUUCAAAUGACAAAUAUUGUGAACAUAUAAUAUGAGAGCUAGAUUAUUUCUGAGUUAGAAAUCUGCAAGCCGUACGAACAGGCAGUCUUAUCAUUGUUCAUAUUUUUCUUUUUGAGGUGCAAGACAACACUGGAACGCAAGACCAUCUUGGACUCUAACACCUGCUAUAAAACUACCAUGGAGAAUUCAACUAAAAUACUGUUUGUUCUACAAGGACUGAAUGAGACAAUGUCAAGCAAACAAACAUACUUUUUCCUCACUCUUCCUGUUUACCUUUUCACUGUGUUAGCGAAUCUGAUUUUGAUUACGACAAUUGUUUUGGAGAAAACGCUCCAUGAGCCCAUGCUUAUAUUUCUCUGUAACUUGUGUGUAAAUGGGAUAUGUGGUGCCUCUACAUUUUAUCCCAAAAUAUUGGUGGACCUUUUAUCUGAAUUGAGUGUUACUCCGUAUGAAGCCUGCUUGACCCAAAUUUUUGUAUUAUACAGUUACAUAUUCUGCGAGUUCACAACGCUAUCAGUGAUGGCGUAUGACAGGUAUAUCGCGAUAUGCAAGCCGCUAAAUUACCACUCCAUCAUCACACCUCGGAAGGUCAUAAAAUUGUUGAUUUUUACCUGGAUUUUAUCCAUCAGUGAAUCUGUUGUUGUGGUGGGCCUUGUAGCCAGAUUACCGCUCUGUGGAUUCAAAGUUGAAAAGAUUUACUGCACAGCUUGGGCAGUGGUAAAACUGUCAUGUGUGGAUACUAUUAUUAACAAUGUGUACGGGUCCAUUCUCACAUUUUUUCACAUUUCACAAGCAGUCCUGAUCUUGAUUUCCUAUGUUAAUAUCAUAAAAGUCUCUGUGCGAUCACCGGAAGAUCGGAGUAAGUUCAUGCAGACCUGUUUGCCCCAUUUAAUCGCAUUGACCAGUUUCUUGAUCGCAUUCGUUUUUGAUGUCAUGUACGCUCGCUACGGUCCCACCAACCGUCUGCAUGCUUUCCGCAAUGGCAUGUCCCUGGAGUACCUCAUUGUUCCACCGCUCCUAAAUCCCCUCAUCUAUGGCCUGAGACUGAACCAGGUCCGUCGGAGAAUCUUUAGAAUUUUCAGCCAGAAAACACAUGCAAAAGAUAGAUUUUUUGUAAACCCGUGAGUGAUUGAAUUUUACAUUUGGAGCUGAUACAUAGGCAUUUGAAUUAUUAGUCGAGUCGUCGCACUUAUUACCUAAAUCUUCAUAAAGAUGGAUUCAUUAUUCUUGUGAAGUGAUUUUGUUUGAAAACCCUGUAUAGCCUAUUCUAUUUUUCUUGCACACAUACAGGUAGGCCGAUUGGUUGUGCUUGGCACACAAUAGCCUACACAAUAAACAUAAAACAUCAAAAAAUGCACAGAACAAAUCAUUUACAGACUUAGUAAUAAGUAACGUAUUGUAUUUCACUGAUGUGAUCUGAAUUUAUAUAAAUAUCACAUCUUGUGUUUUGUGCAAAGGUGUUAUUUUUAUUUUAAAAACAUACUGACUGCAUUGGUGAUGCAUCCAUGCACAAUACACACCAUGCUGUGAAAACACAGAAAGAGAAAUAAUGGAAAUCACCUAGCAGAGGAACAAAUGCAAUAUCCCACCUGCUGCAGAAAUGUUUUCAUAAAAAUGACUAGAUGACAACAAUUAUCAGAGAACAGUAGACAGUAAGGAACUAUAGGAUUCUCUGAUGCAGCACAGUUUUAGAUAUUCCCAGAAGUAAUACAAGCCUGUCUUGGGCUAGUGGCCUAGUUUGGCUUACAUUAUGUUUUAGUUUUAUGCAGAACAUUGUGGGUCAUGGGUCAUGUUGCCUUGUGUAUGAAAACAUUGUCUUUUUGAUCGAUUCAGAGUUGGAUAGCCCAGACAAAUGCAAGCUGGAAUGAGUCUCUUUUUCCCCUGUGUUGAGGCUGCUAUUUGUAUCCAAACCAGACAGUAAUAAAAUCGACACGUAGAUCUCAUUUUAUGUUAAAAUUAA